CUCAGGAAGAUGAUAAUUUACCUUUAUCUAAAAUAUCUGAAAUUGUUGAAAUUUCAGAAAAUAAUCUUUUAGAAAAUGAGAUUUGGACUGAAGAAGAGCUUUCAAAAUUUAAAAAAAUAUAUUAUAAAGAAAAAGAUACUUUUGAAAAACAAGAUGAUAAUAAUCAAAAAUUAGAGAAUGAAAUAAAUUUAUUACAAAAUAAUGAAUUUAAAAAAUCUUUUGAAAAAAAUUAUAUUUAA